AUCGAAUUUCAGUAAUUUUUAAUGUUAAUUUAAAGAUAAUAAUAAUGUGUGUUGUAGCAAUGCAAUGACGUUGUAAAGUUCCAAAACCAGUAGAAAAACCGCGAAUUUAUAGGGUGAAUUUAACGGUUUGUUCUCUCCUUUGAAUGAGUUGAGCCACAUAAACUACAAAUAGUCUUCCACACAUCUUCCUUUCUUUAUUUUGGCUGCCUACAUUUUGACCCUGUUUCUUGUUUUCAAUAUCCCAUUUUCAAAUUUCCAACUUUUUUAUCAAAGCAAAGUCUCCGGAGGCAACCACCAUGAACGGCAAGGCCUCUGUCUCCAAAGAGCUUGAUGCCAGGCAUUCCAAGAUCUUAGAGGGUCUUCUUAAGCUACCAGAAAAUAGGGAAUGUGCAGACUGUAAGAGCAAGGCACCACGAUGGGCAAGUGUGAAUCUGGGAAUAUUCAUAUGCAUGCAAUGUUCUGGAAUCCAUCGUAGUCUUGGAGUGCAUAUUUCAAAGGUGCGAUCUACUACUCUUGAUACAUGGCUACCAGAGCAGGUUGCUUUUAUGCAGUCUAUGGGAAAUGAGAAGUCCAACAAGUUCUGGGAAGCAGAAUUACCAUCAAAUUUUGACAGAAGUAGAAUUGAGAAAUUUAUUCGCAUGAAGUAUGAAGAGAAAAAAUGGGUUCCAGAGGGAGAAACAGAACCAGCUGCAAAACUAGCUGAAAUGAACCAUGGCAUUAAUAAGUUCCCAGAAGGCAGUAAAGGUGGUGCUCCAGGAAAACAAAGAUCACUUUCUCUUGAGGAAGAGAUUUUUACUAGGCACAUGUCUCAAAAAACUCCCUCAGCUCCUUCAGCAAGGAAGUGCCGAAGGGGAUCGCUUGAUAUGAGCAUGUUCGUUGCUGUACGUUCAUCAAAGGCACCACCACCAUUGACAGAACACAAUACACCUGCGAAGAAAACAAAUGGAGCAGCUGAUCUUUACAGCUUGCUUUAUGCUCACAACGGGGACAAUGCUAAUUCUACUGUUCCUCCAUCACAAUGGGAAACUUUUGAUUGAGCAGAUUUGCCAGACCCAGGCCAUGGAACUAACAGAGAUAUCCAACUAGCUGUUGCAGUAACAGUAAAAAGUUUACAAACUGAAGUGAAAAUUGCAUGGCUAUCAACAACAAUCAUUGGUGACUUUGCAGAUCCUUUUAAAUCAUAGUAAGUUGAACAAUCUUUCAAGAUUUUAUUUCCAGGUUCUUGUUUUCCAGAAACAAAGAAAACAGAAAAUCAUCAUGUCACAUUUUUGCAGCCAAAAGUUUUCUUUAUUAUUGCUCGGCUUGAAAAACAUUAUACCAAGCAAAAUUAUAGGCUUGGCAAUGUAUCGUGCUGAAUUGUGAACCUG